GUUGUCGGCCAUGCCGAUAUCAUCGAUGUAGUGAAGAUUAAAUAUUUUCACCGCUAGAGUUUAUAAAAGCUUCUCGGUGUAUUUUUAUGGGGUAAUUCCUGCAUAAGUGCCUAUCCAGUUUACCGAUGUAGUUCCUUCCUAGUGCAUAUAAAGCUGUCAUAUUCCAUCCAACCAAACACCAUCGCCCCAAGGCAUCCUCCUAAUUAAUCCUGAUCAUCAAGUAUACGUCAUCUCAAACGUAUCCCCACAACCUACAUCAUGCCUAUGGUCACUGCGGCCACUGGUCUUCGACGCACCCUCGAAGACCCUAACUCCUUCAUUGUCGCCCCCGGUGUAUAUGAUGGUCUGUCUGCACGGAUUGCGCUUUCCGUUGGCUUCGACGCUCUGUACAUGACUGGCGCUGGUACCGCCGCCUCCGUGCAUGGGCAAGCCGACCUGGGAAUCUGCACCCUGAACGACAUGCGCGCCAAUGCCGAAAUGCUCUCCAAUCUUUCACCUGUCACGCCCGUCAUCGCGGAUGCAGAUACUGGUUACGGCGGUCCGAUCAUGGUUGCCCGCACGACGGAACAGUACUCGCGCUCGGGUGUCGCAGCCUUCCACAUCGAAGACCAGGUGCAGACGAAGCGCUGUGGGCAUCUAGGAGGGAAGAUCCUUGUUGACAAGGAUACAUAUGUGGCACGGAUUCGUGCUGCGGUGCAGGCACGCCAGCGCAUCGGCAGUGAUAUUGUAGUGAUUGCACGCACAGACUCCCUACAGACGCACGGCUAUGAAGAGAGUGUGGAACGACUACGCGCAGCACGGGACGCGGGCGCAGACGUAGGCUUCCUUGAAGGAAUCACGUCCAAGGAAAUGGCCCGACAGGUGAUCAAGGAGCUGGCUCCAUGGCCCCUGUUGCUGAACAUGGUUGAGCAUGGGGCGACUCCGUCUAUCUCAGCAGCUGAGGCUAAGGAGAUGGGAUUCCGUAUCAUCAUCUUCCCAUUUGCUGCUCUGGGACCAGCCUGUGCGGCUAUUCGUGAAGCUAUGGAGAAGCUGAAGGCCGAUGGUAUCCCUGGCUUGUCGAAGGAGAUGACUCCGCAGAUGUUGUUCCGGGUCUGUGGGCUCGAUGAGAGUAUCAAAGUUGAUGCACAAGCUGGAGGAGCGGCAUUUCAAGGGGGCGUUGAUCUGCAAUAGACUCAAGCCGUACUAUAGGGGGGGAUUAAUGAGUGCCAGCUGUCAUAUUAUGCAUGAGUAACGGUCAUAAUUAAUCUUCUGUAAAACAAGUCAUCAAACAAGUGAGCUCUGGCUGCUUCCCCUAUUCAACGACUAGAGUUCAGUCCAGAGUCUUUAUAUCCUGAAUGCCCACCAAGGUUCAUAUAAACUUCCUCUGGGGUUAACAUGCACAGACUAAUUGUACUGGGGCUUAUUUUGC